AUGGCCAAAGAAAGAAAUGUUGCAUGGUUACUUCCAGAUGAUAACAUCGCGGCCGUUAAAAUGAUAUUUUUUCCUGGAAAUGUUGACCUGGAGCCUGUGGAUCAAUGUGCUGAAGCAAAAAGCGAGGUUCGAAGAGAAGAUCUAAUCAAUAAUUACAGCUACCGAAUCAAAAUUACAUGCAUAUCUCUGUGCGUAUUGCGAACACACGGGAAGCAAAAACCAGUUGAUGGAAAAUCGCCUGCCAAGAAGAGGAAGUGGAAGGGAGUGGUUUCAGAAACAGUUGAGGGAUUCAAUGUCUUUAAGAAGUCCAAAUCUGUGAUACUUCAAUCUAAAGAUGAAGAUAAAGAUGUGGUCGAGUCCGUUCAGCAGACCAAAGAACAAAAUAGGCAACUUGAGCGGGAUGCUCUAUUUAGGAAGAGGCACAACAUUCAUGUGUCUGGGUACAAUGUACCGUCCCCCCUUCAAAAUUUUGAGGAGUUGAGCUCAAGAUAUAAAUGUGAACCAUACUUGUUACGCAAUCUGGCAGAACUUGGAUUCAGAGAACCAACACCAAUCCAAAGACAGGCUAUUCCUGUUCUUUUACAGGUAAGGAAUUUCUAUUUAAAUCGUGAAUGUUUUGCCUGUGCAACUGGCUCUGGAAAAACCCUGGCGUUUGUGUGUCCUAUGCUUAUAAAGCUUAAGGAUCCUUCAAAAAAUGGUAUUCGAGCUGUUAUCCUUUGUCCCACUCGUGAAUUAUCUUCCCAACUUAUAGAGAGUGCAAGAAGCUGGUAAGGAAAAAGAAAAAGAAUCCGUAUUAAGUUGAUGACUAAAGAGCUAGCGAGAAAUGGUGAUUUUUCUAAAUUUGCAUGUGAUAUACUUAUAUCCACCCCCUUGAUUGCACUUGGCAAUCGGAGGAAAAAGGUUGACCUCAGCAGAGUUGAGUAUCUUGUCCUGGAUGAAUCUGAUAAGCUCUUUGAGCUUGGGUUAUUUGAACAGAUUGAUUCUGUUAUCCAAGCAUGUUCAAACCCUUCAAUAAUACGUUCACUUUUCAGUGCCACUUUGCCUGAUUCUGUUGAGGAUCGUGCUCGGGAGCUUAUGCAUGAUGCGGUUAGAGUUAUUGUUGGUAGAAAGUAAGAUUGGUGAAUAUGGGCAUCUGAAACAAUAAAACAAAAAUUAGUCUUUACUGGAAGUGAAGAAGGAAAACUUUUGGCAAUUCGCCAAAGCUUUGCAGAGAGUUUAAAUCCCCCAGUAUUGGUCUUUGUCCAAAGCAAGGAGCGAGCAAAGGAACUCUAUGGUGAACUAGAAUUUGACAGCCUUAGAGUUGGUGUUAUCCAUUCUGAUUUGUCUCAAAAGGAGCGAGAAGAUGCUGUUGAAAUUCAGAGCUGGCAAACAUGGGUUUUGAUUGCCACUGAUGUAGUCGCUAGAGGCAUGGAUUUCAAAGCUGUGAAGUGUGUCAUUAACUAUGAUUUUCCAGAUUCUGCUGCUGCUUACAUUCAUAGGAUUGGUCGGUCUGGCAGAGCAGGGAGGGCUGGAGAAGCUAUAACAUUUUAUUCGGGAGACAUGCCCUUGCUGCGUAAUAUAGCUAAUCUCAUGGCAGCAUCAGGUUGUGACGUUCCGUCUUGGCUCCUGGAGCCCAAAAAGAAGUGGAAGAAACACCGCCCAAAAAGAGAUUCCAUCUCAACAAAACCGAAUGUAUAAGACACCUACUAUUUAUUCCCAUGUUUCGAGCUGAUAAUAUCUAUCAAACCUGGUGAAUGUCUGAAGAUGCGCAAGGAAGAGGGGGAAAUGCAAGUGACUUCUAAUCUAGGUCGAUAAUAGGGCUUGGUCAUAAGUCGUAACAACAACUUGUUUAGAAUCUUCACGCCAGAGGGCAGUGAUCAGUUUUGCCUUGGAGAAAUUACGUUUGGCUUUAAUUAAAAGAGUACUGAGAUUUCUUUUUCUUUUGUUUUUGGAAAGCCAUAAUUCUGUCUGAUAUGCGCUGUAGCCAUUUCGUGUUCAUGUUGUACUGUCAUACACAGUACAGGAUUUUUUUUCCCCCCGUCUCAUACUGACCUUUUUAAGA